CUUCUCCACAAAUCUCUUCGCGAACAUGUUGGAACGUCGCAGCUUGGCGAUAUCGAAGCAAAAUUCGUCUGCACAUAUGUUGAUGGAGCCAUGAUACCACCGAGACUGCUCGUUUUUCGGAAUUUCCCCAUCGAAGUUCAGACAGACGAGGAUCAUCGGGAGGUGGAAAUCGUCGACGCACUUAUGGCAUCAACAGCGGCUCCCGUCUUCCCUCUCGCCCUCUUGACUGAAUAUCAUCGAUUCUAUGCGAAAGCCGCCCGCCAUCCAACUCCUUCACUAUUCCUUUCAUUAGGCACUGGCUACAACGAGCCGAGACGCACAAGUGGAAUUCAUUUUGGAGAUUUGCCGAAGAAUCGCGUUUUCUUCGAUCGGCAUUUUAUGCGCACGACGAGGAAUCUCUUUGACGUUUUUGUUAGCCAAGCGCGUUCAACAAGCAGCGACACAGCAUGUCUUGAUCAAGCAGCCGCUUGGUGUCUUGCUACGAGAAGUCCCUAUUUUCGCAUCAAUCCGCCAAAUAUUAAUCGUCUUUCAUUGACAUGUACUGAUGCAAAGAAAGUCGCCGAUUUUCUGUGGGGAGUCAUGUACUCGCUGAGGUUUAUCUCCGCACGACGGCUCGCCAUGAUCUCGAUCAACUCGCCAGUUUCAUCAAAAGGU